CAUGGAUUUCGUCAAGUCGAUUCUGCCGCCGGCCAAGGGCAUUCUGCCCUACUAUAUGCUCAUCCUCUCCGUCGUGUCCAUCGGCAACUCUCUCCAGGCGUACACGACUCUGCACUUCUCACGGCGCGUCUACAACGGCCGCUUCAUCCGAAACCCCAAGCUGCCGCCGGCAUCCGCCAAGUUCAACCCCGAAGACUCCGCCAACAAGCUGGUCCUCGCCCAGAACGACCCCAAGGCCACGGACCAGCUGACACCCCUCGCCGGCAGGCUGUUUGGGACGUGGACGCUCAUCACUUGCAUUGUGCGGUGCUACGCGGCGUACCACUUGAACAUUGGCCCUGUAUACAACAUUGCCAUUUGGACAUAUGUGGUGGCGCUGGGCCACUUUGCCAGCGAGCUGUUUGUGUUUAGGAGCAUGACUUUUGGCCUUCCCCAGGUGUUUCCUUUUACGCUGGCCACGGCGGCCCUCAUCUGGAUGCCCAUGGUCCGAAGCCACUAUGUCGAAUUUGAGUAGAGCGUGCCAUAUGCUACUCAAUGAAGAAAAGUAAAGUGAAUAUGUAGAAUAGCGCACGAAUAAUAAUAACAAAGCACUUUUUUUUAUCU